AUGGCCACCCAGGACUCAACCAAUGUUCCACCACUCUUGGCGGAUCAAGAGGGAGACGGGAGUGGCCAUUGGCACAAAUAUUUCCAAUUAGUACAUCUCUAUGUACCUUUGGAUGUAUUUAUGUAUAAAAUCGUUCCUCUGACAACUGUUGAAGAUUGCUUCAGCUGGCUACUCCAACAAAAAGGAAAGAGUACGGAAGUCUUAUCUGGGGUCAGACGGUUCGACGAGGGUAGUCUAAAAAUAGCACACAAAGAUCUCGAAUUGAAAAUCGAAAAUGAGUCUAACGUUUAUUCGGAGUUCCGUCAGUCCAUCCGGAAGGAUGAGUACGAAUCUCACCUCUUCGAAAUGAACAAAAAACAUAUGGAAGCCAAAUAUGACCAGCUCAUCGACGAGAAUGUGAGAAACCUCGCCACAUUAAAGUCAUUCAUUGAAAUCUCGGUAUUGCAAAAGCCUAUUUCCGAAUUAUCUCACACAGUAGACGAAACAACGAUGAACAUUGUCCAGAUGAUUAAAACGAGUAACCCAGCUCUCGGUGAUGAUGAUGAUGAUGACGACCGUCGUCGUGGUUAUGGUAAUGAUCCAGCUCGUGAAGGCAAUGAUGACGAUCGUGAAAUAUUCUACAGAGUUCGAAAGGAUGGACUGAUAAGAAGUUGGAAGGUGAUAGAAGAUCUGACGAAGUGCCUCGUUGUACACGUCAGACAUUCGUCAUCAUACUGCCAGGUUUUGUAA